AUGGCAACUGUGGAAAUAAAAAACACAAAAACAGAAGAAGAUGAUGUGACACUGGAUCCAGAUACAGCAUAUCCCUGGCUUACUCCCUCUGAAUAUGGAAAACAAGUGCGAUAUGGUGAAGAACUGCAGAAUGUGACUCCAGAUCAAAAGAGGUUUAUGUAUUAUUUUGAUGUUAUUGCCAAGAAGGGAUUCAUCUCAGAUUUGCAUUGGAUAAUGGAUUCAAAAAAAAGAAGGUCAUCUCCGAGAGUUCAUGGUCCAGACCUAAGUCCUUCUCCCUCUACUUCAGAAGAACACAUUGUACCCGUCAAGAAAAAAAAAGGUCAUAAAGUACAUGAUAAAGUGGUAGAAAAUGUAGGACAUGCUGCUCCUGCUAUUGUUUGUGCCCAACAGCUAACCUGUCCUGUUUGCCUGGAUAUCUUCACCAGUCCUAUUUCCACCCCAUGUGGGCACAGCUUUUGCAUGGAGUGCAUUACAAGAUAUUGGGGUAGAAGUGGCGAUUGUAUUUGUCCAUUCUGUAAAAAAAUCUUUCGCCAGAGACCUGAUCUCAAUAUUAAUCGAACGUUGGCCGAAAUCACGGAGGAAUUCAAACAAACGAGAGUCAUGUACAGUGACCUUUGUUUUGCUGCCCCUGGAGAUGUGUCCUGUGAUGUCUGCAGUCGAAGAAAGUUCAAAGCUGUUAAAUCCUGCUUGGUAUGUCUGGCCUCUUUCUGUAAUGAGCACAUCAGGCCUCACAUUGAAGCGGUCAUUUUUAAGAAGCACACGCUGGUGGAACCUGUAAGUUGCCUUGAGGAUACGCUGUGCACACAACAUUCGAGGCCCCUGGAGCUGUUCUGUAUGACUGACCAGACUUAUAUCUGCCUGCUGUGUGGCGUGAAAGAGCACAAGAUUCACAACACUGUCCACAUAGAGGUGGAAUGGGUUGAGAGAAUGAAACAAAGAAAGGUUCAAAAGGAAAUUCAAGAAAAACAUAAGUCACUGGAGGAGCUGAAAACGAAAGUGGAAUCCAUAAAGAAAUCUGCACAUGAGGAGACAGAGGAAAGCACAAAGUCCCUGGAUGAACUGAUGCAGAUAAUUGAGAAAAAGCGAGAAGAUGUGGUUAGACUGAUUGAAACGAAGGAAACGACCAAAGUAAAUCAGACAGAGCACCUCAUUAAACUACUAGAGCAAGACAUUCAGCGACUUGAAGGACUUUUGAAACCAAACGAUUACUUCAACUGCCUAGUGAAGGAACAAUCUGUAUGUGAACCUUCGAACAGUCAAGACCUCGAUCCCGUUACUUCAUCUGUUGACAGUGACCUACUGCUGGGCGUCUAUAGAAAAGCAUUUGGUGAACUCUCAGACAUGCUCAGAGUCAAACUGGAAAAAACAACAGAAGCAGACAUGGCCCGGAUGCAGAAAUAUGCAGUGCAUCUAACUCUGGAUCCACAUACGGCUAGUCCGUCUCUUACUUUAUCAGCAGAUGGAAAAGAGGUUUGCUAUGGUGACGCGGAACAGGAGAUCCCCGACAAUCCAUUGAGAUUUGAUAUUUUUUUCAGUGUCCUAAGCAAAGAGGGCUUCACCUCAGGGCGACACUACUGGGAAGUGAAGGUUGGGGAAAAGACGGACUGGAUUUUAGGAGUUGUCAGAGAGUCUAUCAACCGAAAAGGAGACAUUGAACUGUGUCCUCAAAAUGGAUAUUGGACUGUGUCUUUGUGCUAUGGGAGUGGGUACUGGGCUUUCACUUCCCCUUCUACCUUUCUUGCUCUGAAUAUAAAGCCCCGAAAGGUGGGGGUUUUUCUCGAUUAUGAAGAAGGUCAGCUGUCAUUCUUCAAUGUGGAAUCCCAAACUCACCUGUAUACUUUUAUUGACAUAUUUACAGAAAAACUCUAUCCAUACUUUAGUCCUUGUGCUAAUGAAGAUGGUAAGAAUGCAGUUCCUCUAAUCAUUUGCACUACCUGUACUAGAAAGUAAUUGCAUAUGUUCAUAUUGAUUGAAAAUGCACCACCAAAUAGUGGUGGUCUUUGAUUUUAGUACAAAAAUAUUCCACCAAAAGUCGAAAAUAAAUGUAACAAGCUCACAAAAUUGGAUGAUGGAGGACUUGCUUAUGCAGUAUGUGUUUCAAAUGCUAGACCUCCCUGUUCUUACUCCUGACUUAUUUGUUCAUAAGCAUAAAAACAUUAACUAUACUGCAUUUGCCACAGACUUGUCUAUAUUUUAAGUCAGACAAGCAUACAUUGACCCCUGCAGACAUUCCAAUGGCAAAAGCAGAACAACAUAAUGAGGAGUACUCUUUGUAUAACCAGUGGCAACCUUUCUGUAAAUUCCAGUUUCAUUUUCUCUGACACUUUGAGAUAUUUCCAACCCUUUAUAAAUAUUUUAUAUAGAACUCUUUUAGAGGGCUAUAGACUUUUUGCAUAUACAAGAGUUAAUUCAUAAAACACUAAGCUUCAUGUACAUAGAACAUAUGGUACACAUAUUUGUAAACACGUUCUGACAUUUUAAUGCCUGUACUUUUUGGUUGAAAAUUACUACUACAUUACUACUGUAAUGCUGUUUUAUUUAAAGAUGUUUUUCUCAAUAAAUAUUUUUUUUUUUUUACUUUUUUUUUUUUUUUUUAACUGUCCAUGAGAACAAAACAGGUAAACGUGCUGAAUGUUUGUCCUUGAGCUUUACCGAUGGUCAUUACAAAGGCUGGGCAAAUCAAAAAAUGGCCUUCUCUUAAUUUUAAAAGAUAAUGUUUGGUGAUUAGUAGAC